AUAGUUUAGGUGAUGUAACCUGACUGAUUUCUCCCAAAAGUUCACAUUUAAACGAUCAUGAGUUACAAAAAGUUAACAGAACGCCCCAUCGCUGGGGGUUUAUGGUUCCAGUGUACCAUGACCCUUCCAGCCAAAGGUCGAGGUUGUCACCUGAUCACGGAGCACCUUGAGAAGGUUAAAGAGCUGGAGGAGUACAAGGUUGGGCUCUGUCACAUUAUCCUACUCCAUACCUCCGCUUCUCUCACUCUUAAUGAGAAUUGGGACCCUAAUGUCAGGAACGACAUGGAGAUGAUGCUUAACAAGAUAGCUCCCGAGGAGGGUAUCAAGUAUACCCACACGUGCGAGGGCCCUGAUGACAUGCCCGCACAUGUUAAGAGCACGGUUAUUGGCAGUGAGAUUACUAUUCCCAUCCACAACGGCAAGCUAACCCUCGGUAGAUGGCAGGGGUUAUGGUUGUGUGAACACAGGAACUGUGCAGGGACCAGGAAAAUUGUUAUCACUCUCAGUGGUGCACCUAUCACAAACUAGACAAUGUCUGAGACACUGACCCUUGUUAUAGAUCAGUUCUUUGGAAAUCAUGAGCUGAAAUCCGUGCUGAUACUUUGAUUGUUUUACAGAUUCCGGUUCCAAAAUCUCAGUUUACUGUGAUUUUGAAACAACCUUCAAUUGCAUUUAAUCACCAAAAGUUAUUCAUUUUUUGAGAAAUAUUUGUCGACCUAUGCCCAACAUGUUCUUUUAUCAUACUCAUAGGGUAUUUUCUCGGGACUCAGCGCCUUACACGAUCUUGCUAUUAAUUCGUUUAGAGAUCUGUUUUCUUGAUUUUUUGACUUCUAUAAUUUGAUAGGUUUCUCCAAUGAUAUGUGAUUUCAAGGGCUGAAGCGUGUGAUUUAAAAUUCAAACCAUAUAUUUAAAGAAUUUAUUAUUUUAAGAUGUUAAGUACACUUUAUUAUUCUACAGUUUGAUAGUACAUGUUGCAUUAAUGUACCAAGUAUCUUCAGAUCUUACGUAAUUAAAUAAUGUUAUGAAGUAUUUGUCAUGAUUUCUUUUAUAA